AGCUUCUUGUUGAAUGCAGCUCUAUUAAGGCUCAGAAUCCCUCAGUGCCAGCGCCAGUGGUAAGCGCUCUGAAAACCCAAACAAACACUUCUAGUCGUCAUAUAAAUUAGGUUGAUGGUGGCGUGAAAGUAUAACCUCGUUGCUGAUGUCCGGAAAUGUUCAUAAGAAGCGAUCCACCACAGAUUCUCUGACUCCAAAGCAGAUCUACUUUUUCCUGUGCAGAUAAUAAGAAUUUAACACUUGGACAUCACUCUACACCUGUUAAACCGUAUUUAAGAGAAGGACCAUCAAAAACAUUGUAUUGAUUUAAACUGGACGCAUGUUAUCACUUGCUCAAUACCUUUCCCUUCAAGAAAAAGAAAAUCUUUCUCAUCUGUUGAACCCAUUUGAAAUCGACUCAACACUUGUGCAUGACACAGAACGAAGAUUUUGGGCUUGUGGCAUUGGUAUAUCUGGAAUAACUGAUCCACACAAUUGAUUGCUUUAAACAGGAAACUGAAGAAAAUUUAAUGGACUUAAAACAAAUGUGAAAGUGAUAAGCUUAAGUUUAACAGAAUGAGUAGUUCAGCAAUGUUUAGGUCUCACUAACAAAAAUUGAAAAUGUCAGAGAUGUAACAUAAGGUGUUUCUUCCUUCUUUGUCAUGUGACACUGAAUACUGAUGCAUUGUUUUUGUUACGCCAAGACAGUCAUUUUACCAGUUAAAUGAGGUGAGCAUUGUUUUAGAGCCCUCCAUUGCCUAUUCAAGACUGUCUCUGAAAUAUUUUUUCUUUAUAUCUUUGGUUCGGUAAAUCUUACAAUGAUUCGGUAAUAGGUUUGUCACACCAGACAAAUACUGGCACACAGUGUGGCAGGACAACACCUGUGUCAAUCCUUUCAUCUGGAGGAACUGCUAAGAACUGCUGUCCAAGUUCCACUGCAUAGCAUUUUCAUACACUUAACAACUCCGCUCUUCCACGCUAUCAGGACAAAUCAAUCUUUAGAUCACCUCAAGUCUUGUCACCUCAAAGUCCACUUACAUUUGACGAUCGAUAUUGGGAUAAAUUAGAACAAAUGGAAAAUCUCCAGUGAAGAACGCACCUUAUUCGGAAGUGUCAGCUGAUGGGAAUUUUGAUUUAAGAUUUUAACAUUGGAGUAUUACCUUGGACAAAGCUGGAGAGGAAAUUUUUGGGUUGUGCUGCUACCAAACCCUAACGGCACCCACUACGCAUCCAGUGCCAACCGGCCUGAGAAGCGAAGCCCAGCAGAAGGAGAGGAGGCAAAGGACUUCAGAGCUUUGCACUCUGGGAUCCUGGCCAUGAGGUUUGAUGCCUCGUUCCACUGACCGGAAACACUGGACCUAAAUGGCGCAGCAUGACUUUGUCCCUGCCUGGCUUAAUUUCUCCACGCCCCAGCCCGCCAAGUCCCCUGCUGCAAACCUCGAGAAACAAAACGAGCCUCACCACAGAGAUGGACGAACGUCUGUGAGCCGCCGCCGCCACAACUCUUCUGAUGGCUUCUUCAACAACGGCUCCCUGCACGCUCCAACGGGCAAUACAGGUGAUGGGUGGCAGCAGCUUCUGAGGCAUGACUCUGUGGAUUCCGGGGUGGCCAAAGGGGGGCACGGGGGUCUUGUGGGGGGCUCCUGUUGGAAGGAGACCCCUAAUUGGCAUGGAGCCCCACGAGGAGCCCAGGAUAGCCACCAUCAUCAGGGACGCCAACCCAAACGGGGAGCAGGUGAAAGGGACAGGCAGACGGGGCACAGGCAGCGCAAUGGCAACUUCCACCCUCGCAAGGGCACCUCGUAUCAGGACAAGUUUCCCAACGAGGAACGCAAAGACAACAAGGAUGACAAGCUCAAGUUUGUGGAAGAGGAUUUUCCUUCCCUCAACCCUGAAACAACUGGAAAGCCUGGGACUCAAACGCGAGCAGUACCGCCACAUGCUGGAGUCUGGGAAAACCCCCCAAGUGGAAAACAGAUGGUUUCCAAGAUGCUGGUUAUCAAGAAGGUUUCCAAGGAGGACCCCAGCACUGCCUUUUCUGCAGGCUUUGCCACUGCUGGGACCCUGCCCAACGGCAGCAAGGCCCCCAUCGCUGGCUCCAGUGUCUACAAGAACCUGGUCCCAAAGCCCGCCAUGGCCCCCACCAAAAGCACCCAGUGGAAAGCUGGAGGAAGAGAGAUCACAAAGUCUGGCCUUCACGUGCCAGGCCGAGAUUCUGUAUUCACCAGCCCCGUCUCUGCAGCCAAACCCAGCACCCCCAACAGUGCCCCGCAACACAACGCCCCAAAAGAAGUGAGCACCUAUCACACUUCAAUUGAGCAGCAGCACCCUUCCAGCACCACACCUCCCAUAGACAUCGCUCCAUCGAGGCUGAAGCUGAUGCGCCGUGGUCCUGAUCGCAAAAGUGAGUUCCUGCGAGCUCUCAAAGACGAGGGCACUGGAGAGCUGACCACGAGCAGCAGCCCAGGAACAUCAGGAGAGGGAGAGAGCAGCACCCCAGAGCCUAAAGCCUACAGUGAGGAGGUCCAUGAGAAUGGUCUGUCCUACUCUCUGAGUGAUUCAGACACUGAACAUUUGUCCAGUUCCCUGGAAGCGGAGCACAGGUUGCUGAAAGCUAUGGGUUGGCAGGAAUAUCCAGAGAAUGAUGACAACUUCCUGCCUCUGACUGAGGAUGAGCUGAAAGAGUUCCAGACAAAAACUGAACAGUUGAAGAAAAAUGGCAUUCAGCGGAAUGGGGUUCUUCCAAGGGCACGGGGUGUGACCCUCCACUUCACCCCCUGGAGGAGUGUCGCGGAGGCGCAUGUGGAAGAAGGGUCCGAGUCCGAUACCAGUAGCAGCAGCCAGACCUCCGACGAUGAUGACUGCAUCAAAUCCUAACGUGGCUUUAUGGAACAAAACUUGGCAGCCAACAGCAUCUCAACAUGCAAUGCCCACUUCCUCUCAUCUUUGUUUUUAGAGCACCAUUUGAAUUUCUUUUGAUUUUUGUUGUUCUUGCACAAGGGAAAACCAAUCAUAUCCCAGUGAAGGGGGGAGAUUCCUGCUCUGCCAGAUGUCACUUUCCCUGCAUUACCUCCUUCACUGCAGCCCUGCCCUAAGGCCCCUCCCCUUCCUUCUUUACUUCCUGCUUUUGAACUGAAGUGUUUGUCAAGAAAAGAAGGGCAAUGAAUGCACACGUGAUUCUGCUUUAAACAGACUAACUCAUUUCAUUGAUGAUGCUGAUGACACAUUAAUGAUAUUAAUAAAUUGGUUCCCGAAAAGCUGUUUCAGUAUGA